UCUACAAACUAUCCCGAAGUACAGACACAAAGCAAAUUUUAUUUCUGCUGGCCUCUGCAGUGUUUUGCUUUUUCCUGUCGAUACGUUAAUUGCAGAACAGGCGGGUUUGUUUGUAGUUUCGAUGCACUGGGAACUUGGGGAGAUACUAAAUACAGCGCGCCUACCGAAUGCUCUGCUCGCCGCUGAUAAUACGAGCUUCCAGGUUAACAUUUCCUCCACGUGACGCGGGGGGAAUCUGUCAGAGUAUAUUCCUUUCGAAGUGCUGAGGAAAGUUGUGUCAUCCGGCUAGUCUCCCAGUCGCUGCUGGUUUUCCAACAAGAUGGAUUUAUUUGGAAGGCGGAGAAAUGAGCAGCAGAGAAAUACAACGGCUUCUCAGUAUUUUGUUUAUGACAUUCCUGCCAAGAUUAUGGAAGAGUUUUAUGCGGUGAUGGAUACUUUGGCGCCUGGAGUGUGGCAUCGGUUUGGCUCCUGCAUCAUCACCGAUCAGACCGAACUAAGGAACAUUGAAUCUUUUGGCCGAAAGCCCAACAGCAGAACCCGAGAGCUGAUGUGGGCAUGGGGAAUGAAACAAGCCACUGUCCAACAGCUUCUGGACGUCCUGAAUGAGAUGCAGCUGUACAGAGCUGCGUGUGUUAUUAUGUCAUGGAAGCCUGAAGAUUCUUUCAUUGUUCAGCCUGCUUCCUCUCAUUUACCUCUGCCAGAAACUCCUGAGGUAUUUCAGUCUUCCGCUUCCUCUAAUCCACUGCUGGAUUGUAUGGUCGAUGUGGAUUCCGAUAUCAAUGUACACAAGCUUGAUCCACUUCCUGGACCAUCGAGUCCUCCAAGUUACUUGAACUCCAAGCCAAAUUGUGACAGACUUGAAAUACCAUCAUCAGGGACGGAUGACAUUAGCCACAGGCCCCACCAGGAAACUAAUCAACCUCCUGAGCUAUGCAGUUGCACGUGGUCCUUGCUGGACUUGCAACAAGCCACUGAUAACUUCAAUGAAAGGUAUAAGAUUGGCCAAGGUACAUUUGGCCACGUCUACAAAGCUAAACGGUUCAAUACUGAAUAUGCCAUAAAACUGCUAAAUAAGCUCGAGGAUGUCAAGUUGAAAAUCACACGGGAUUUUUUUUGCAGAGAGGUUGAGACUCUCUACCAGUAUCGACACUCUAACAUUAUGGCUCUAGAAGGCUAUUGUGCUGAAAAUGAUUCUUACUGCCUUAUUUAUCAGUAUAUGUCCAAUGGCUCCCUUGAGGACAAGCUUCAGUGCAAAAAUCCUGCCGAUAUGAUUUUAUGGGAAACGCGUAUUAAGAUUGCAGUUGGAACAGCAAGGGCAGUACAAUACUUGCAUCAGUGUAAUGUACCUCUAAUACAUGGAAAUAUAAAAAGUUCAAAUAUUCUGCUAGAUGAAUAUUUUACACCAAAACUGGGAGACUUUGGGCUGGUGAAGAUUGGCCCUCUUAGCACAGAUGCUAGUCAAAUCAACAGCCAUACCACGUUAAAGACCAAGACUUUACAGAGACCUCUAGCCUACCUACCGGAUGAGUUUGUGCGACACAGGUGGCUGUCUGAAAAAGUUGACACCUUCAGUUUUGGAAUAGUUCUUGCUGAAAUUCUGACUGGUAUGAAAGCAGUGGAUGAAAGCAGGCAACCAGCAUUUCUGAAAGAUCUUGUGUUGGAAGAGCUGGAGGCAGAAAAGCAAAUGAAAAAUGGAGCAGAUCCAGAGAAAACAGCAUACAAAAUUUGUCAGCUGUAUCUGGAUACAAAAGCAGGUCUUCUUCCUCUUAAUUUUGCAGUUAGGUUUGCUAUAAUCGCCUGCCUGUGCAUCAAAAAGAAGACACUCAAGAUGACGGAGGUUUACUCUAUGCUGGAGACUCUAGAGCAUGACCUUAAACACUGUGAUGUGCACAGUUCUCCUGAGGAGACAGAAGAUGUUGUGUGCAAGCUAAAUCAAUUGGCCUUGCGUCCACAGGAAAAUACGGAGAUCCUCUCCCCCUCCCUGGAUCCCAAUAAUAACAUAAAGUCUUUACAACCCCAAAGUCCAACCAUUUUCAAAGGCUUAUCUGGAAACUCAGAACAGCUACCUGAUGCAAAAUUGCCUAAAGUACCAUGUGAAUCAGAUGAGUCUGACAUAUUUUGUUACUACCCUGCACCGGAAAACCCUUGCCAUUUGUCUUGCAAAGUAUACAAUGUUAAGACAAAGUGUGUUUGCAGUGAUGACAGCUCUUGCUUUAACAGAGGUGAAGACAAUUCAAAAACCAAUACACUUGGUUGCAAGUCCAACAGCCAUUUUGUUCAAGAAUUACCUCCACCAAGAGACAGGGUCUCAGAUAAACCUUGUGUUCCACGUGAUUAUUCUAGUGCUGCCUUAAAUGCUGCUUGUGAAUUCUCUCCAUACCCAAAAGAUAGGACAGCAAAUUCUUUCAACCAGAUCAGAGACAACUACAAAGAUUGUUCAAAGGGCUACUGUUGCAAUUCUGAUGUUUCUCCUAUGCUGUCUGUUCAGAGUGGAGACAAAGUGUCAAUCAACUCAAAGUCCCCCUCAAGAGAUCCUUCUUACCAGGGUUUUAACAUCAGUGAACUAUGCCAUGAAGCAUGUGCUUUUGAGCACCCUGUGGAAUAUUGUCCAGGAGUGCCUCAUGGCACAAGUCCAGCAGUAGCUUUGUCUUCCUCGAGUAUUGAGAUCGGUCCUCACAAAAAGAAACUGCAAGAUAAGAUCCUUUUAUAUGAAGAAGGAAAGAUCGAUAGUGCAGAGCUCCUGUCAGCUUUCUUUGUAACUGAGGGAAUCACUGCAUGAAAGUGCAAAAGAUGCCAUCUCUCAUUGUGGUGAAUGUAGAAUGAACCAGAAUAUUGAACUACAAUAAAGAAGGGGCAAUAAAGAAACAUCAAAACAUGAUGGAAAUUUAUGCAGUCAAGCCAGAAGACUGAAGGCACUGUAUUUUCAAUGUGUCCAAUGGAUAUGUCCAUUUGCUUCAAUGACUACAAAUACUUUCAUUUUCCACAUUGAAAGAGCUGUUAUUCCACAUAAUGGAAACUGUUAUUUCAGAUAACAUGACAUCCAAUGAUCUGCCCACUAAAAUUACACUCAAAACAUCACUUCAAAAGAACAUCAUUCACAAAAUUAGCCCCAAGGCAGUUAAAGUUCUUGUAUUUAGUGCAACAAACAAACUGCUGGAGGAACUCAGCCGGUCAAGCGGCAUCUGUCGGGCAGAAUGAAUUGUCGUCAUUACAGGUCAAAACCCUGCUCUUCUCUCCUCUUUAUACUGGCCAUCUCCCCUCUCUACUCUCAGUCCUGAUGCAGGGUUUCAACCUGAAACAUCAAAAUCUCCUUCUCCCCCACAGACGUUGCUCAACCCCGAGUUCCUUCAGCAGAUUGUUUGUUGCUCCAGAUUCCAGCUUCUGCAGUCUCUUGUGUCUUUUCUUAUAUUUAGCAAUGGAUUCCUCUAAAUUGAUGCCUGCAAACUUGAAAGGUAGGGAAACAAGGCCAUCGCUACCCUUUUUUUAAAAAAAUGCUUAUUUUUUUAAUAAUUGAUAAAGGACCCUGGACUCAAUUUCAGAAGUCCAAGACCACCAUCCCUAAGUCUAGAAUAUAAAACUUAGUUGUUCAUGCAAUUAAGAAGAUAAAAACUAGUUUUAACAUAGUUCCUAAUUUUCUCAUCUAGCUUAACAAAAAUAUUUUGGGAUGCUUCAUUUAGAAGAAAAGAAAACUAAAAGCUAGGCAUCAUAUAAACUUUAGAAAUAUCCAACUUUUGUGGGGGUUUUAAUCUAGCUGUUAACAAAGUGCACGACCAGCACCCUAAAUAUUUUUCGCGGUGCAAUAAAAUCUAAUUUGCUACAGUUAAUAGAAUGGUCUGAUAGAAUUAAAACCUAAAGUUUUAUUCUUAGACAACAUACGAAAAUCCAGUUUUAUUGAUAUUGAUUUCAUGCUCUCUGUUAGAACAUUUUCCCAUAUUUUAAAACCAUCAAGGUUAUCCAAAAUCUCAGCUGCACUAAUAUUAUUUAAAAGAUUGUCAUUGUUAGCCCUAGCUAUGCAAGGGCUAAACUGCAAUAUUGGCUUUAUUAUUACAAAAGUCUCUAAAAUGUCAAUGGCUAAAGGGAAGACCACAUUGGUUGGUCCACCCAUAAGCCAACAAGGGUAUUGUAGAAGAAUCUGUGGAAUGCGUCAGGGAUUGCUGUUUAGAGCAUUACAUUGCGGACCCUACCUGGGAAUGGGCUACUUCAGAUUUUGGCUUAUGUAAUGAGGAAGGAUUAAUAAGGAAUCUUGUAAUUAAAGAUCCCCUAGUGGGUGGUGACUAUAAAAAGACUGAAUUUCAAAUGCUUUUUGAGGAUGAACACCAUAGGUCCAUAAGUCUUCAAUUUAAACAAGGGCAAUUAUAAUGGUAUGUGGAAGAAGUUGUCAAAGAUGGAUUGGACAAUCAAAUUAGGAGACAGGUCAACAGAGGCAGAAAUUUAAAUAACUGGUCCAAAAUGCAUCUAAAAGAGUUAGAUCAAAAAGAGGGGUUGCAUGAAGAAGAGUACAAUUCACAGUUAACAAAGGAGGGAAAGGAUGAUGUUAAAUUGAAACCUAUGGUAUACAAAGUGGUAAGGGCUAGUGGUAGACCAAAGAACUGGGAAUUUUUAGGAUCCAGCAGCAGAAGACUAAAAAGUUUAGAAAAAUGAUUUUUGAGAGAGAACUUGCAUGUGGUAUAGAAACAAACAGUAGAAGUUUUUUUGGAUAUGUAAAUAGGUAGAUGGCAUACAUAUUCUUCCUUCCUUCAGGUAACUGUGGGUUCUCUAGAGAACAAGGCUGCUGAAUUAAAACAGCAAACAAAGAAAUGGCAGAUAUGUUGAAUAACAUUUUUGCAUCAGUCUUCAGCCCAUCUUAUAUCUUAGGGAUAUUUUGCUAAUAUCCCCAAGAUAUCAGAUGAGCUAAGUUCAAAUAAUGUGGUAAAGUAUUGGAGAAACAGAGGGCUAAAGGUAGACUAGUUGCCAGGAGCAAAUGGUUUGCACACUGGGAUUUUAAAGGAAGUAGUUGCAAAGGUAGUGGUUCCACUAUAGACCCACAGGUUGACAUUUUUCUUACUUGCUAAACUCUAGAAGAUACCAGAGAUUGGAAAGCAGCCAAUGUGACUCCCUUGUUCCGAAAAGGCAGAAGGCAAGGAACUACAGGCAGUUAAUUUAACAACUAAUAUUGGAACAAUAUUAGAGUCAAUAAUCAAAAAGGAAAUAGCUAAUCAUAUAGGAAAGCUGAAUAUAAUUAAGCCUAGUCAACAUAGUUUUAGGAAAGGUAAAUCAUAUUUGACAAACUUGUUUGAAUUCUUUGAGGAUGUAACAGGGAGAGUUGAUAGAGGGGAACCUGUAGAUGUAGUGUAUUUAGAUUUCCAAAAUACAUUUGACCAGCUGCCACAUAGGAGGCUAGGGCAUAAAUUAAAAGCCCAUGGUAUUGGAGGGCAUGUGUUGGAAUGGAUUGAAAACUGGUCCUCUCAGAAAAUGGAAUAAAGGGGUCCUUUUCAGAUUGUAAGGAGAUAACAAGAGGAGUACUGCAGGGAUCAGCUCUUGGCCCAUAAUUGUUCGCUAUUUACAUUAAUGACCUGGAAGAAGGAACAGCAUAUAACAUUUCCAAAUUUGCCAAUUAUAUGAAAAUAAGUGGACGGGCAUGAAGUGAUAAAGAAGUGAUUUAGCAAUGGGAUACAGAUAGAUAGAGUGGGCAAAAGACUAGCAAAUGGAGUUUAAUAUGGGAAUAUGGGAGUUUAAAGUGUUAGGUCAUGCACUUUGGUAAGAGAAAUCAAAAUUCUGAUUAUUAUCCAAAUGGAGAGAGACUGCCAGUAUAGAGGGAUCUACUGUAGAUGUUCUAGUGCAUGAAUCACAAAAAGCUAGCAGGCAGAUCCAACAAGUUGUUAAGAAGGCAAAUGGAUUUUGGCCUUCACUGAAAAGGGGUUGGAGUUUACAAAAUAGGGAGGUUUUGUUCCAAUUGAACAGGGUGUUGGUGAGGCGUCACCUGGAAUAUUUCACACAGUUUUGGUCCCCUUAUCUAAAACAAAGUAUGUAGUAACAUUGGAGGCAGUACAAAGGAGAUUCACCAGACUAAUUCCUGGGGGUGAGAGGGUUAUUCUACCAAGAGAAACUAAAUAAUUUGCGCUUGUAUUCCUUGGAGUUUAGAAGAAUGAAUGGUGACAUUAUUCAAACAUAUGAAGAUCCUAAGGGGCUUGAUAAGGUAGAUAUUGGGAUAUUUUGACUUGUGGGAAAGUCUCAAACCAGAGGGACAUAACUGCAAGAUUAGGGGUCAGCAUUUAAAACUGAGGUACAUAGGAAUUUCUUCUCACAGAGGCUGGCAAAUCUCUGGAAUUCUCUGCCCUGGCAGAUGGUGGAAGCUGAAUCAUUGGGAGUAUUUAAGGUGGAGAUGGACAAAUAUUUGAUAGAUCAAGGAAUAGAGGGGUAUGGAGAAAUGGCAGAGAAGAGGAAUUAAGGCCAGCAUAGAUCAGCCGUGGUCACAUUAAAGGGUGGGGCAGACUUAAAGGGUCUGAUGGUCAACUUCUGCUCCUGCUUUUUAAAGUCAAGGUUGAGUUUAUUGUCCUAUGCACAAGUACAUGUAAGCACAGGUGCAAUGGAAAACUUACUUGCAGCAGUACCACCGGUACAUAGCAUCAUAUAAACAGCAUUCACAAGAAAAAUAUAAAUUAAACAUAUACACCAUUUUUACAGGAAAACAAUUAGAACAAAAGAAAAUCCCAGUUUAGUACAAAGUGGUUAAAUUGGUCAUAAUGUUGCUAAACUGUAGUGAUUAGGGUUUUGCCAUUUAGUUCAAGAACCGAAUGACUGAAGCUGUUCUUGAACUUGGUGCUGUGGGACUUUUUUGUAUUUGUAAGUUCUCACAACUUUGUAUUCUCUUUACACAUUUUCUGCAUUAACAUAAAAGUUACCCCUACAUCUAGUAGUCUCUUUCUUGCUUCAGAUUUAGAAACCUCAUUUCUCAUGUCACUGUAGUGCUGGUCUAUUCUUGGGUCUCAUAUUACACUGGUGUGUCUCUCAGACCUUGUAGUUAGUAAACCUACAACUCUAGACAGUAAAAUUUCAUAGUUCUUCUCUCUGCUCAUAUCCUUAUUGCUAGAGUACCCCACUUUAAAAUAGGCUGCCUAAAACCAGAAUCUAAAAUUCUGGACUUUAAAAUGGCGAAUUAUAAUCUGAAAUUGAUAUUUCUAAUUUUUUUUAAUUUUCUAUUAUUUAAAGUAUUUGAUGGCUGAGUAUCUAAAAAGGUUAAAAAUGUCAAAAUCAAAAUUUUUUUUAAAAAGUCAAGCUCUACCAGGGUUAUCCCCUUCAUCAGUAUCCCUACUCCCUUAGAAUGCCUCAAUGCCCACAGAUGGAAGCUCCUGAAUAACACAGGGAACUAAAAUUUUUUCAGUUAAAAUAAAGUCACCCUUAGUCAUUUGCUUUUCUCAGGUUAUGUUGCAGAACAAUAUAUACAUUUUUGUUUGCUUUAAGUUUAAUUAGAAGUGUGCUAAAGUUGGUAUUGGUUUAUUAUUGUCACUUGUACCAAGGUACAGUGAAAAACUCGUCUUGCAUACUGAUUGUAUAGGUCAAUUAUUGGGUUAGUACAGAGUGUAUUGAUGUAGGACAGGUAAAAACAAUAACAGUACAGAGUAAAGUGUCACAGCUACAGAGAAAUUGCAGUGCAAUAAGGUGCAAGGUCACAACAAGGUAGAUCGUGAGGUUAUAGUCCAUCUCAUUGUAUAAGGGAACCGUUCAACAGUCUUAUCACAGUGGGGUAGAAGCUGUCCUUAAGUCUGGUGGUACAUGCCCUCAAGCUCCUGUAUCUUCUAUCUGAUGGAAGAGGAGAGAAAAGAGAGUGACCCAGGUGGGUGGGGUCUUUGAUUAUGCUGGCUGCUUCACCAAGACAGCAAGAGGUAAAGACAGAGUCCAAGGAGGGGAGGCUGGUGUUCGUGAUGUGCUGGGUGUAGACUCCCAGACUCCAGGUUCCAUCUUUAGAAAAGGCUGAGUUUUCUGAUUUCAGCUGGAAUAGUUAAAAGGCCUUGGUAUCUCUGGAUUAGUGAGACUAAAUUGGUGAAGUUUCCAUCUCCUAAUCAACAUCUCUCCAAAAAGCAUCUGUGUAUUAAUGUAAAAUGACCACUGGAUUGAACUGGGUUGGGUAACUCCUACUAUUAAACAGUUCGUGGUUGAAAGGGAGAAUGGAGAAAGAGAUCUGGAGAAACAUUAAUAUUUUAGGAGCUGAUACAAGCUGAGACUGGGUUUCAGAAACACAGUAAAAAAAAUUUUAAGCUACAAAAUUUAUUUCGGUGACAAUUCUAAAUGAGUAACUUAUCUUUAUUUUUGAUAUAGGAAAACUCUCAAUACAGAGGAUUAAAGAGUAGCUUUGUUUUCUCUGAAGUUAUCCAUCAAUGUCAAUAUUCCAGACCAUUUUGACAAGACUCAAAAUACGGUUACGUGCAAUACGAAUCACUAUCAAAUUCUAAAUCAGACUCUACAUUCUAAUCAAUCCAAGUGAUGCUGUUGAACUACUUGGUAUAAUUAGGUUGGUGUAAGAGUUCAUUCCAUCAAAUGCAUAUUACAGUUUUGUAAAUUGUUUCUGGUUUACAACCGAUCAAAGGUAGCUACUGGAACUAGAAAAUGAUUUCUUGCUAACCUUAUAUAACCUGCCCUGCAGAUCCUGCAACCAAAUGGCCCACAAUUUAUGAGGAAGUAGUUCUAACUGUCAAUUAAAUGUCCUUGCCAUGAUUAAUGUUUAUUUUAAAGAAAUCUAUGAAAAGGCUAUGCCAUGACUUGCAAAACACCACAAAUUGCUUGGCAGUUUGGCCAGGAGGAUGAUAAGAUACUCACCAUUAAUCUUUGCAUGAGUUUAAAAAAACACUGCACUUGGGCUAUUAAGACUAAUUAAACUCACUGUAGAAAGUUAUGGUUGGUGUUUAACAACACAAGAACUUCCCUCAUAACAAAUUUUACAUUCUUGUAAAAUGAGUCAACCUCAGUGUCAGAAAAAUAAUUGAAACUGUAGAAUUGUCCUGCAGAUCAUAAUUUGUUUCUAAACAUUUUAAAUUAUAACUUUUUUUUAAACUUUGGUCUCUCUCUUUAUCUUUCCCUCUGUUUUCUUUCUGUAUCUAAUGUGUCCUGUUUUCAUCAGUCACUUUUCUAUUUCAUUCUUUGUCCUUAAAUGUGCUUAGUUAAUAACUCUUAUUUCACUUAACUCCUGGAUGCCUUGUUAUUACCCAACAGAGCCAAUAAUUUGCAGCUUAAAAACCUUUUGGACCAACAGGGGAAAAAGCAUAAUAGGGCACUUUUGAGAUGUGCUACUCUGGGAAAUUCUGGUCUGGAACUUGCCGAAUAGCAGCCUGAAUUAAGAUUGUGGAAUCUUUAUAAAAGCUCAUGACGAUUUUGGACAUUGAUUAUGUUAACCUCAGUAUGCUGCAAAAUGUUAUUUAAAUAAAUCACAUAAAAUCCCUGUACAGUAUUUCAUAUCAAUCUUUUAAUUGUAGUUAAAUGUAAGAUUAAUAAACUUAGCACUGCUGGUUGAAAAUA